UGACGCUGCUGUCAAAUGGCAACUGCCAACGCUCAAGAGGAAACUCCUCCCUGUUGACAGCACGUUCUGUCGCCGCCUCAGCACAAUGGUCUCUUGGAUAAUCUCUAGACUUGUGGUGCUUAUAUUUGGCACAUUAUAUCCUGCAUACUACUCAUACAAAGCUGUCAAGUCAAAGGAUGUUAAGGAAUAUGUAAAAUGGAUGAUGUACUGGAUAAUAUUUGCCCUAUUCACCACCAUGGAAACCAUCACAGAUAUAUUUAUCUGUUGGGUUCCUUUCUAUUAUGAGCUGAAGAUGGCCUUUGUGGUAUGGUUACUGUCUCCCUACACAAAGGGGUCCAGCGUUCUAUACAGGAAGUUUGUUCACCCAACACUUUCUUCAAAAGAAAAGGACAUUGAUGACUAUCUCUGCCAAGCAAAGGACAAAAGCUAUGACACUCUGGUGACUUUUGGGAGGAAAGGUUUGAAUGUGGCAGCCACAGCUGCAGUACUGGCUGCGACAAAGAGCCAAGGAGUACUGUCAGAUAGACUGCGAAGUUUCAGCAUGCAGGACUUGUCCGCCUACCAGUCCGACCCAACUGAGAUGGACCCUGGAUCUGUCCACACCCAGUCUGCAGCUGGACAACAAAGGGCCAGGACGAUGAUGCGCAGCAAGUCAGAGAUCGGCUACACCAAGGGGCAGGACUUUGACAUGACUGAAUAUGAGGUGUUGAGCUUCGAUCAGUGUGACACCAAGGAACCACUGUCCCAUCCUAUUACGCCCCCCGAACCCAUGACUGAACCCACACCCCCUCUGACCAUCCAGUCCUCUCUACCCUCUCCACCUCCAUCCCCUGCUCCCCCAGCAACAGAGCAGACUGAGGACAUGAGGAUAGGGGGGAAAACAUCCACAAGCUCCCCACAGCUCAGGUUGAUUAAGAGGAAGGUACCUGAGCCUCCUCCUAGAGUCUUAAGGCCUCUCACAAGAUUCAGGAGUGCCCAGCUGUCUUCAAACAGAGAGGCCAUGUGAUAUUCUGUGAAUGCUCCCAAGACUGCUUUAGCUGCGAGGGGAAGAGGGUAAAUAAGGAAAUGUGGCCUAAAGCUAAAUGUAUAAAGCAGCCUUGUUUUAGAAUAAGGAAACCAAAGUGACUUGUGAAAGUCUAUACACCCCUUGCACAGUAUUCACAUUUUGCUGCCUUAACAUUUUAUAAAAAAAUUCUGGGGCUCUACAAAACUUACUAAACAUUUUCAAAGUGAAAGAAAGUUAUUAUUAUUGCAAUUGUUUUUCAAAUGAGAUAAUCUACAGUAACAAAACAUAAAUACAGCAACAAGUUACAUUGGUACUAUCCUAGCUGUUGGACAAUAACAAAUAAGAGAAAAUACUAUAUAAGUAAGUACAUAACAUCCCCUACCCAGUUUAGGAUGGGCCAUAACUUCCCCUACCACGUUUAGGAUGGGCCAUAACUUCCCCUACCCAGUUUAGGAUGGGCCAUAACUUCCCCUACCACGUUUAGGAUGGGCCAUAACUUCCCCUACCCAGUUUAGGAUGGGCCAUAACUUCCCCUACCCAGUUUAGGAUGGGCCAUAACUUCCCCUACCCAGUUUAGGAUGGGCCAUAACUUCCCCUACCCAGUUUAGGAUGGGCCAUAACAUCCCUAACCUAGUGAGCAUGCGAUGGCGGGGUAUCUGACUUCCACUUAAAAAUAAUAAGUGGGCGGGCUAGAAGGAACGAGAAGGCUAUGGCCUCUGCUUGGGUGUUACAGAAAAUAAGCUCUUCGGGGGCUACCCCGAAAAUAGCGACACAGGGAUCUGGGGCAAUUUCCUUAUUGCAUAUAUAUAUGAGAAAGUCUCAAAGAUAGAGGACCAAAAUGGAACUAGUGUCGGGCAUGACCAGUACAUGUGAUAGAGUGGCGGGUGGCUGAUGACAUAUAGAGCAGGUUGGGUCUAUAUCUGGAUGCAAUCUGGUAAUCUGCAAAAGUGUAGGCGAUUAAAUACUUCAAACUGUAGUAACCCAGGAUUGCAGAAUGCAGGUGAUAUCGGAGAUCUCGCUUCCAAACUCUUCCUCCCAUGAAUGCUUUACAUGGUCAAGAGUGGGGCAUGCAAUAUUAUGAAUAAUGUCAUACAGCAUAGAAAUGUGUCCCUUUACUUAGGGAUCCAGGUUCAAACAUAAUCAAGCCAGCUGGUGGGUGGGAGGGAUGGGAGAAGCUUUUUUGUAAAGUUGCGAAUCUGCAGGUACCUGAGGAAAUGUGUCUGGGGUAUACUGUGCUCUCUAACUAGAUGUUCAAAGGGGGUAAAUACACGGCCAUGGAAAAGGUCUGUUACAGUCUUCAAUCCUUUCUGAAACCAUAGCUGGAAUGCUGUGUCUAUGAAGUAGGUCGUAAAGAGUGGGUUGGAAAUAAAAGGCAUGGAUGAGAUAGCUUGUCUAUAUCCAAAGUGGAUCCUAAACUGAGACCAUAUACUUAGAAAAAAGUGUUCCAAAAUGGUUAUUCGGCUGUCCCCAUAGGAUAACCCUUUUUGGUUCCAGGUAGAACCAUUUUUGGUUCCAUGGAGAACUAUUUUGGGUUCCAUGUAGAACCCUCUUUGUAAAGGGUUAACUGAAGAACCCUUUUAAGUUCUAGAUAGCACCUUUUUUUCUAAGAGUGUAUCCAGAUGUAACUUUUCAUAAUAGUGUUGUUUGAGUGGUAUUAUUUGCUCAAUGGUAGGGUGGCACAGACUAAGGAGACCGGGGAUGAUGUUUGACAUGAGUGCUUUUCCAUAAAGGACCACACCAUUCCUUCCCCAUCUAAAAAUACAGAGACCCAAAAGGUUAUCUUGUGACUAUUGGGAGCCCAGUAGUAAUGGAGGAAAUUGGGUAGGGCGAGACCCCCCUCUCCUUUCUGUCUUUCCAAAAAUUAAAGUAGAUAUGUCUAUCCAGUUCUUUAAAAAACGAUUUUGCUAUAAAGAUACAGGAAUCGUGGCAUGAUGACUGAGUUGAGUGAUAUGGGGAGUGUCGACCAGCGAUAGAGGUCCUGCUUAGCCUUCUCCAAGGCUGGCUUAAAAACUAAAUUUAACAGGUCUUUGAAUAUAGAGAUGUUUCCUAAUAAAAACCUGAGUUAAUACUUGGUGGAAGCACCACAGGCAGCUAUUACAGCUGAAUGAUUUGGAUUUUUUUUUUUACCAACUUUGCACAACUCUUAGGGCAACAUAUGUCCAUUGUUUAUCAGAAUUGCUCAGUGAAUUUGGUUAGGAAUCAUUGAUGGACAGAAACAUUCAAACAUCUCUGAUUUUCAAGAAAAUGUAUGUCAGGACUGAGACUAGACCACUCAGGAACAGUCUCUUGGAACAUCAUUCUGGUGUGUCUUUGCCAUAAACAUUUGUGGUAUUGUGGUGGAAGCAUUAUGUUAUGGGUAUGCUCGUCAUCGGCAGGGACUGGAGUUUGUCAGGAUCAAAAGAAAUAUGAAAGGAGCAAAGCCCAGGUAAAAAGUUAGAGGAAAACCUGCCUCAGUCUUCUGAAAACCUAACUCUUGACUAGAGUUGUAUUUUUCCAUGGGACAAUUACACACAUUUUAAUAACAAAGACACACAAGAAUGGCUUUCCAAGAGGUGUUGAGUAUCAUGAAUAGUCCAAUCUCCAUCCUGACUUAAAUCGGCUUAAAUAUUCAGAGACAAUAUUGCUAUCCAUCAAUGAUUCCCAAACUAAUUUACUGAGCUUGAGCAAUUUUUACAAAAACAAUGGAUAUAGGUUGCCCUAAGAGUUGUGCAUAGUUUGUCAAAUCUUGUAAAAAAAAAAAUUGAGGUGUAAUUGCUGCCAAAGUUGCUUACACAAAGUACAUCCUCAUUCUAUACUUCUUAGUCAUUUAGAAACGUUUCUAUAAUUGUUCCUUCACUUGGAAAAUGUGGAAUAUGUUGUGUAGAUAGGAAAACAAUCACAUUUAAUCCCUUUUAGAUGACAUUUUAAGGCAGCAAAAUGUGAUAAAUGUGCAAGGGGUGUGUAGACUUUCACUAGCGACUGUAGGACCUCUGGCAUAUACUGUAGUGUAAAGGAGACAGAGGGUGUGUGCCAUCGAGGUAGCACACACACACACACGAGUGGAUUCCAUAGUGUACAGACAUUUUGGAUUGAUUUGUCGGUCAUUGAAUACUUUUCGUAUGUAUGUACUGUGUGUGUGUGUGUGAUAGUUUUUUAAAAAUAUUACGUUUAGAGACAAAUGCAUGUAUGUGUCUCUGGUCAUUUGUCAGGUGAUGUGUCAUAAAACAGAAUGUAUAGUCACUGAAUCAUUUUGUGGCUACUUGGUCACUGUAUGAGAUGGAAUCAGUCACCAGGAGAGUAGCAGGGUGAAAUACUCUGUAAUGAAAGAUUUGGGUUUGUAGGGAGAUCUUUUGAGCUGGCAAAUACAAUCUGUACUGACAAUUUAACAGGACAUAGAAUAUUUAAAAUAAUUGUCCAGUAUAUCUCCUCAAAUGUGUUAUUUAUUUAUGAGAGAGAAUAGCAAUUGUAGGAUUGCUGAUUAUUAUUAUUAAUCUACUGGCAAUGGAACUAAGUGUCAAAGUAUGAGUAAAUUGCUCUAAGUUUCACUCGUUACGUUAGCUUAUAAAGCCUUAAACCAUAAAAACAAAACAUUAGGUCUGGUACUACAGAAACAGUCAUAUCGGUACUCUGACAAAUCAUGAGCAAUUCCAUGUGGCCAUAACAAUUACUAAUGUCAUUGACUAUGGGCCCUAUGCACUAUGUUUAGAGUUAGUGCAACAGCUGUUCUAGUACCAUGAAACACUGAUCACCAUGUUAUAGAUCAUUACCAAAAUUAUUAUUACAUGGGAUUAGUUACUAUUCAAAUAAAUAAAUUGCUCUAAGGAGCAGAAAUAUUGACAUUCGACUUUUCAAGCUCGUUAUAAAUUAUCUGGCAUUGAGGUGUCAUUCAAUUGUUUUGUAAAUGUUUGUAUUACUCAUGUCUUAUGGCAUCGCCAUAAAUGUUUGUAUUUUCAGGUUUAGCACACAAAACAUACUUUGACGUGUAUAGCUAUUGUAUAACAAAAGAUAGCCAGUGGCAAGGGCUAUAUAGGUGGCCCUUCUCAGAGUCUAAAAACACUGUGCAAUACUCUGCUUUCACUGAGCAAUUGUCAACUCAUGGUUCUUACUUAAAAGCCUACUUUUCUUAAUGUAGCCACAAUUGUUGACCUGUCUUUUCCCAGCCAAUGUGCCUGUUGCCUAUUUCUGUGAGGGCAUAGCAAUUCCUAUAGGCAGGUUCCUAACCUUCUGUAAAUACAUGAAUAUUGGUGAAGUGUUUUUGCCAAAGGUAGUGAGUGACAUACCGUCUAUGUCUAAAAUGAACAUUUCUGCACUGUAGGUAUGUGAAUUAACUUGGCUAUUACAUAAUGCUUCACUAAAUAUUAUGCUUGGUGUUUGGGCAGCAUACAUUUUUGUUCACUGUUUUCAAUACAGUAGCUUAAAUUAGAAAUGGAAGCUUCUCCUCAGGUACGUGUUCAGUUUACACAUCAAAUUCAAACACUUUCUGGUAGAAACAUUUUGGUAUAAACUUGUUUGCACAUGGAAUAUCAGUAAGAGGUUCCUUCUAAUUGGGCCAUUUUUUUUUUAGGAUAUAAGUUAUUUAUGGACAGAGAUGUGACCUGUGGUAGAAUUUUAAAUCCUUUUUGCGAUGUUCAUGUAGUUUCAGUUGGAAUGUAUCUCCUUUUCAAAUAAUAACAUACAAAUAAUAUACAAAGUGAAUCAUUUCGGGUGGAAAAGGAAAGUCAUCAUUGCAUGAUGUUUGUUAUUUAGUAAAUAGAAUGAUUUACUACUUUGCAUUGUUUGGAUUAGUGUAUAGUUAUUUGCUUCAUCGAAUGCCUUGCUGAUAACAUUGAUUCUGAAGUGUCUGAAUGUUCUUUUCCUUAUUAUUUUGAAACGCUAUGUGUCAGGAAAGUUCUUCUCGUGGACAAAUACACAUCUCUACAACUUGGAGUCAAAUAAAUUGUUUGAGGAGCAUGUCUUAUCUCUAUGGAUUAAAAAGCCCACAUUCCUCUCUUCUCUCUGUUGGCCUUGGCGCAAAAAGUAACUUCUGGUAGGCCAUAAUCACUCACAAUGCUCAAACCUUAUUGUGAAUAUCAGAAAAGAAAGAUGUAAAAGUCAGGAAUGAUGGUCUAAAAUGACUGUAUAUGAAAAUUGCUUUCUCUAUAUCACAGUAGGUUGGUGGCACCUUAAUUGGGGAAGACAGGCUCGUGGUAAAGGCUGGAGCGGAAUAGGUGGAAUGUGUCAUACGUCAAACACAAACACCUAUUCCAUUCGAUCUGUUCCAGCCAUUAUUAUGAGCCGGCGUCCCCUCAGCAGCCUCCACUGCUCUGUAUCAUCAGUAUUUCUGUUGGUGAACUGAUAACAGCCAAUAAAUGAGACAAUGUGCU